GAAGAGAUGGGACGAACUACGGUUUUUAAGAAGAGGCUUUCUAACCUCGUUUAUUUUAAAGGAUUAAAUUAUUUUUUAAUAUUGUGCAAUUUUUAGGCACUGUUUUUGUGAAAGUCGUAAUCAUGGAUAGCGAGGAUGCGAUCAACAAAGCGGACAUUUUAUUGAGAGACGUACCUCGCGUAAAAAUAGGUAACGACCCAGUCCUAAAGAAACAUAAUGUCGUCAAAGAGGAGCUACAAUUCCUGCGUAUUCCGGAUUCGGUCCAGGAGCAAAUCUUGGACACAUUGAGAUAUAUUCAUGGUUCUGACUUUAGAUUAAAAGACGCGUCAUCAUACGUCGAUACUAACACAAAUAUAUUGAAGAAGUAUUGGGUUGGGCGGGGAAGCCUUGUAGUGAAAGGAGGAUUUGAUUUUUCACAGAGCAAAGAUAAACCAUCUGAGGAGGUUGAGAGACUGAAGCAAUUCGCCUUGUUGCGUUUGCACAGUUACGGCUUUCACGAAAACCAUUGCCUUGAAGCAUUUCAGUAUUGUGAGAAUAAUGUAGAAGACUCUCUUAUGCUUCUUUAUCAUAAGUAUUUUCAAGUCAAAGAAAGGGAAAUACUCUGCGAUUUGACUGCAGCAGACCUCUGUGAAAUUCGUGCAGACGAAAAAAGUUCCCUGGAGUCAAUCUACGAAAAUUGUUUUAAAGAAAAAGUUGAGGAUGUGUGGCUAGUGACAGUAAAGGUAGAUUAUUUGUUUAAUUUAUUUCACAAUAAGCCAGAAAAGGUGGUUAAAAGCGCGGGCGCGAAAGGCAAAGAAAUGUGCAAGAACUUUCUGCGAGGAGUCCCCUGUAAAUUUGGAAACAAGUGUAGGUUCUCUCAUGAGGUGAAAACAGUUCAAAAAAAUCAAAAUUUCCACCUUGACACACACUAUUUUGAGUUAGAGUUUCGCUUUCCCAAAAAUUCCAAAUACCCUUAUGAAGCGCCUCUAAUAUCCAUGAAAACCAAUGUGUGUCUACCCCCCCUGAUGAAUUUACACAUCUGCAAGAGAUUGUACCAGGAGGCGGAGUUAUUGUCAAAGGACGGCAUCCCUUGCGUCUACAGUGUAACUGAGCUGUUGCAGAAUGAGGAAGUAAUUAAGGACCACCUCAAAGCAGACAUAGAUUUUAUCCAUCCUAAACAAAAACUGUUUGCAGUUGAAAAAAUAGUGGAUCUUAGAAAACAUGGACCUACUCACUAUCAAAAAGGCAAAACCAACAGAGAAAAAAAGCGACAAUAUGCUUUGGAGGAGAUUUUAAGAGAGGACCGCCAAAUUGCGGAAUCUUUUAAAAGCCGACUGACUGAUCCUAAGUUUUUGAGGAUGAUGACGGCCAGGAAAUCGUUGCCUGCUUGGUCUUUGCGUCAUGAUGUGUUAAAUAUGAUUCAUAAAUCGCAAGUGGUGGUUGUUAGUGGUGAGACUGGUUGUGGAAAGAGCACCCAAGUGCCCCAAUUUAUAUUAGAUGACUGGCUGCAAAAUUACACUGUCGACAGUGGUCACAUAGAAAUAGUUUGCACCCAACCAAGAAGAAUAUCCGCUAUUGGGGUAGCGGAGAGGGUGGCUGACGAACGCGCAGAAAAGAUUGGAAGGACCGUUGGGUACCAGAUAAGGUUAGAAAGCAGGAUCUCGGCCAGUACCCGGUUAACGUUUUGUACGACCGGCAUCCUGUUGAGACGGUUGGAAAGUGAGCCCGCGCUAUCGAAUAUUACGCACGUCAUUGUUGAUGAAGUACACGAAAGAAGCGAGGAAAGCGAUUUUCUGCUCCUCGUUCUCAAAGAAUUGCUGCCAGUCCGACCGGAUCUGAAGAUCGUCCUUAUGAGCGCGACGCUCAACGCCACCGUAUUUUCCGAUUAUUUUGGGGAAAUACCGAUAGUCAAUAUCCCGGGUAGGACGUUCCCGGUGGAACAGUACUUUCUGGAAGAUAUUUUGGAGACGAUCGGCUACGUUUUGGAGGACGGUUCGGAAUAUUGCAGGAAAAUAAAAAACGAUUCCGAGUACAUUGAAGCCAUAAUGGCCUCAACCGAAUUGGGUGCGAACAGACCUCGGGAGAACAUCAGGGAUGAAAACUUGACCGUUCAGCAAACUCUAGCGCGCUACGAAGGUUACAGUGCGAAAACAUGCAAGACCCUGUUUUUAAUGGACCCGGAUAAGAUAAACAAUGAUCUCAUUGAAACUAUUUUAAUGUGGAUCGUAGUGGGCAAACACGACUACCCUCGGAAGGGUACUAUUUUGAUUUUCUUACCCGGAAUCGGCGAAAUCACUUCGUUGUACGAUCAGCUCGUUGUUCAUCCAGAAUUCGGCAAACGUUCGGGCAAAUACGUUAUUUUACCGUUGCACUCUUCGCUGACUAGCGAAGAACAGGCGGCUAUAUUCAGGAAACCGAAAGAAGGUCAGAGAAAAAUUGUAAUAUCGACGAACUUGGCCGAAACGUCGGUAACGAUAGACGAUUGCGUGUUCGUGGUGGACGCGGGCAAGAUGAAAGAGAAGCACUUCGACCCGAACCGCAACAUGGAAAGCCUGGAGACGGUGUGGGUGACGCAAGCUAACGCCACUCAAAGGAAAGGUAGGGCGGGGCGCGUCAUGUCAGGCGUCUGCUUCCACUUGUACACGAGGCACAGAUUCAAGUACCAUUUCUUGCCGCAACCCGUCCCGGAAAUUCAGAGAAUCCCGUUGGAGCAGCUGAUUUUGAACAUCAGGGUGUUGCCAAACUUCUAUGAACGAGAUGUAACUGACGUCAUAGACUCUUUGAUCGAGCCUCCGUCUAUGGAGAACGUGACGUCAGCGAUCAAACGCCUACAGAGCGUCGGGGCGUUUGACAAGCAGGAGAACCUAACUCCAUUGGGGCACCAUUUGGCAGCGCUGCCCGUCGAUGUGAGAAUAGGUAAGCUGAUGCUUUAUGGCGCCAUAUUCGGUUGCGUGGACGCUGCCCUAACAAUGGCCGCUUGCCUGAGUUACAAGAACCCGUUCGUGACGCCGUUCGGUAAAAAAGAGGAGGCAAACAAAAAGAAAAUGCAAUUUUCCGCUGGAUACAGCGACCAAAUCACAGUCCUAAUGGCAUACAGAAAAUUUUUAACGGUCAAUAGAAAGAGUUCGGCGGGCGCGAGGAACUUCGCCAACGAAAAUUUCCUGUCGUACAGAACGUUGACGACGAUCGCCGACAUAAAGUAUCAGUUUUUGGAGUUGCUGAUCGACAUUGGGUUCGUUUCUGUCAAUUUAAAAGAGUCGCGACGAAGGACGGGGCAGGACAACGUUUACGAGCUUACGUCCGCGGAAUUCAACAACAACGGGGACAAUAUUAGGUUGUUGUCUUCGAUCUUGUGCGCCGCUUUGUAUCCGAAUAUAGUCAAGGUGCUAACGCCGUCGAAAACCUUUAUCCAAAGUGCAGUCGGCGCCGUUGUGAAAGAAAACAACGCGAAGGAUUUAAAGUACGCGACGGCGCAGGAAACGGUGUUCAUGCAUCCGAGUUCUGUGAAUUACGUCGUGAAGAGUUUUCCUAGUCCCUAUCUGGUGUAUCAAGAAAAAGUGAAAACUAGCAAAAUUUUCUUCAGAGACUGUACCAUGGUUCCGAUCGUACCGUUGGUGUUAUUUUCUGGCGACUUGGACAUCGCAGUGCAAAAAGGCGAUACGUUUUUGACCCUCGAGGAGGGUUGGAUUUUGUUUCAGGUCGAGGAGCACAAGGUGGCGGAAAUGUUGAAAAUGAUCAGGAUCGAGUUGUAUAACUUGCUGGAGGAAAAAAUUAAGGAUCCUCUGCUGAACAUUACGCACAACGACAAAGGCGAACGGGUAAUAUCGACGAUCUUGAAAUUGGUUAGUUUGUGAUUUCCACGUGUGAUAUGUGUUAUGUAUUUAUGAAGAAUUGUUGAUUUUUUUCCCUUGGAAAAUAAACAAAUAUUUU